UUUAAAUACAUAUCAAUAUUUGUGUGGGGGCGACAGUUAUAGGCCUGAAAGCGAUACAUGCAGUGUUUUGACUUUUGAGUACGAUAAUUUGUCGACGCUGCACACCUGACUGGCCUGGGACGGGGACGGACAGGUGUGGAGGACAGGUGUCUGGAUGACGUUAGGGAGAGGGCAGCUACCAAGAUGAACCUGGGAGCCACAGUGCGCGUGAACAAGUGUGGCGUGUGUGUGCUGGUGGCGCUGAUGCUGCUGGUGGCGGCGAUCUACAAGUACGGCAACACACCGGAGCUCAAGCGGGAGGCCGUCAGUCUCAGGAAUCUGUUGUCAGCGGCCAUCGAUGCUGCCGAGCGAGGCGGAAGAAUUGUUUAUGACAUCCGGGAAGCUGCCACCCUGCAUGAGAAGAGUAAAGGCAAGACAAAGGAGGGAGCCAACGACCCAGUGACAGAUGGAGACCUCAAGUCCCACCUGGCGAUGUUCUACUCCCUCCAGAAGGCCUUCCCGGGCAUCAAGAUCAUUUCCGAAGAGCACAAUCUGAACGAGGUGGACGUCUCUUCAGUGUCGCCAGCUGCCACGCUGCAUCCUGAGGUGACAACAGCCAUCCCAGAUGACCAGAUGGUGCCGGCUGAGGACAUAAGAGUCUGGAUUGACCCACUGGAUGCCACACAGGAGUACACAGAGAACCUGAGGGAAUAUGUGACGACCAUGGUGUGUGUGGCGGUGAGGGGCCGCCCGACCAUUGGUGUUAUCCACAAGCCCUUCAGCCAGUCCACGGCCUGGGCCUGGGUGGGCAAGGCUGUUUCUCCUUCCCUUCGCCAGGCUGGGAACCAGCAGGCAGCUCUCAAGGAUGACACGGCCCACAUCAUCGUGUCUCGCUCCCAUGCUGGUGAUGUGAAAGCUGUUGCCACAUCAGCCUUUGGGGACAAGAUUGAGGUCAUCCCAGCCGGAGGGGCAGGUUACAAGACAUUGGCAGUAGUGGAGGGAAAGGCAGACGCUUAUGUACACUCCACCAUCAUCAAGAAGUGGGACCUGUGUGCAGGGAACGCCAUACUGGAGGCUCUUCACGGCAACAUGACCACGCUGCAGGGCAAGAACCUGGACUACGGCAGCCAGGAUGAGUACAAGAAUGAAGGUGGUGUGCUGGCAACGCUGACCAAUCACAGCUUUUACCUUCAGAAGCUCCAGGUACUCACAAACAAGAAAGAGAAGGGAGCUUAGUGAGUUAGGUAAGACAUGGCGUAUAUUUAUUUUUACUAAACUCUAAGGUGGAUGGGAUCGGGAGACUCUUUUAUAUUGUACAUAUUUUACACUAAAUUAUUUUUUUAGCUUCAGUUAUUGAGCCAAUUAUAUAUGUUGAUUGCAGUGUGCUGGAAACAUGAGGCAUGGCACACUAUAAUUUUGUGAGUGUGGGAGGUGUGCUGGGUGUAGAUAAUCAGGAAGUGUGUUACUGGGUAUAGAUAAUCAUGAGGGGUGGUAGACUAUGAUUUUAUGGGUGUGGAAGGUGUGUUGGGUGUAGAUAAGAGGUUGAGACUAACUCUUGUAGGGUAAAGUAUGCUCACUCACCACUUCACACUCAUCACUCCGAUUAAUUCUGGCAGUCCAUGGGUUAUGAACAAGUCCCAUUCUGAUAGUGUUAUGUAGGUUGGAAGACAUGAUUGGUUUGUAACUAGUGACAGAUUUAUGCUUGGGACCCAGGACAAACAUUUACACACCCAAGAAGUAUAAAUGAAAGCACAAGAGAGUCGUUACAUUGCUCUGCCUCAGUAAAUAAUGUGUCAGUACAGUACUGCAAACCAUCAUCUCUAGCUUGCAUUUUUAAGGUAAUAGUCUGCACAACCAUCAGUUUUAUGUACAGAAUAAUGAAGAUUGAGUUGUUCAUAGCCUGGGGACCUCCUGUUCUUGUAUCAGGGAGAAAACUAUGCUUUGGAAGUCAAGCUGAGGUGUGAGAAUGUAAUGAGUGUCAAAAUUUUGGUUGAUAAAUGUUCUCUUUUUGACAAGUAUCCGUAUGUUGCCUUACUCAGUUUUCCAUAGUAAUGUGUUUUCUCCUAAUGUGGGCACUGAUUGGAAUUCUGUCAACAAAUUGAGGAACACUCCCUAACUUAGUCCACACAAAGAAGGCAGCACCAGUAGUGUCCAUAGUGUAUACUAAAGUAAUGUGGAGAACCUUGAGUAUCACUUGACUUAUUGUGGUGUCUCUUUUGGCUGUAUCCCAAGCUCUCCCUUGCUAAGUGAUGUCAGUCAUUACCAACUGAGAACACAAUGGAAGCCUUUAACCCGGUAGCAGUGACGGGCCAAAUUUGUGCCAUUGAUAUAAACCCCUCUAAAUAAAUGAUGCAUAAACUGAUCACAAAUGCUUUGAUAUAUAUUAUGAAAUGGUUUGUGUGGGUGAUAAUUUUUUCUAAUUUUUCUCGCUUAGAGGGACCAUUAAGAAACAUGGUCCCUGCUGCUACUGGGUUAAACAUUUUUGUUUGCAUUGAAUUCCACUUACUUCAUUUUCAAGCACUAUUUUCUUGUCAUAUUUACACCACACUAUUACUAACACAAAGAUUAAAUGUUGAUAACAGCUAUUAACCUAUAAUAGUGGUUCAUAGAAGAUUCAAAGGGAAUGGGGUCUGGCAGAAUGAUAUUGUUGGCACUGAUCUCAAGGAAGUGGUCCAGGAAGGGAGAGCUUGUGAUGUGGGUAUUUCAACUAAAAUCCUUCCAUAGAGUUGAUCUUUUUAAUGUACUCUUGUAAUAUGGAAAGGUACAGUCUCUUCUGUUCUUGGAGGUAAUUCUGUGUGGACUCGAGGGCCAUGGCCAAUGCCUGAUUUUUCAAAACUUCGUAUUAGUCUUCAUCAACAAUAAUAUGGCUGGUUUGUCUUUUUUGACCCGUUUUUCAAGGCGAGUAGUUAUUUUUAUUUUUUUUAUCACAUUUUAUGAGUGAGUUUGUAUUAUGUAGACAACUCUGUGAACUUUCAAAACUCCACCCCAAAAAUGGAAAUAAAAAGUCAGAUUAGCCAUAUCACUCUUAACAAAUACUAAUAUGACAUUUUAAAAAAUCUGGCACCAGUCUUGUUCAUUUUCCUCCUGUUGUGUGUGUACCUGUUUCAGUGCUUCCAUAUACUUAUAGUUACUUGAAUUUCCCAAGCAUGAUCAUCCAUGGUUGUGUAAUUUGAAACAUGGCGGGUGUUCAGGGUUGAGUGUCGUGGAAAGGGAGUCUAUGAACAGGGAGAACUGGAGGCACUGCUGCUGUGUCCAACCCUCAAGGGAGCUCCUGGAGGGGUCAGGGUGUCAGAGCUAUAGGUACAAUACCUAGGUAAGCAGGUUUCCAGUUAAAAUUGAAGUGAUUGAUAUUAAAGAUGACCUGUAUUUACCUUAAGAUUUUAAUGUGAAGCUUUCUCAUAAAAAGAACAUGCUGGGAAGUUCUUUCUGUAUGGGUGUACUUUAUGAUUAGUGUCACAGAACAGCUUGGUGGAGAAGCCCUGCCAGAGUCACUUAAGACAAGCAAAUGGUGAGGUCUUUGAGCUACCCUGUGCUCCCCCUUGAUCCCCAUCACUGUAGCUGUGCUUCUUGUGAUACAGGCCACGUCUGCAUCCUCCCCUCACCUCAGUAUUAAUCUACUAUCAGACAUUUUGGCCUCCUUUGGUUGUUGAUCAUCUAUGCUUCUAAGUACAUUCUCAUAGUUAAACUCUAAAUACUUACGACUGAAGCAACAAAUCCUUAACACUGGAUUAAGUUAAACCCUAAAUACUAUAGACUAAAGUAGCAAUUCUAAUGUAACAUUAGAUUUUUGCUAUCUGAGUAUAAGGCAUUACUCUAUAUCCUCCUGAUAUAAUCUUUUCUGUGGGAGAAUUUAAAUUUAAGGCACAAAACUUAUUUUUUACCAUUAAUUUUAUUUUGAUGGAUUUAUAUUCUGAAGAGGAGAAAUUUUUGCUCCAGAACAGUUUACUUAGGAAGAUUUUUUCAAAUUUUCCUGAAUUAUUUUCCUGGACUUCUGACUCCUCCCACCGAGAGAUGCCUGAUUUUUGUUGUUUGUUUAUGCGAGUUUUUAUUUCUUAAGGAAAUUUCCUCCAAGGGAAUGACGAAAAGUUUGUGCCUUUCCAUGAAGUCUGUUCAUAUUUCCUUUACAUUCUUCCUUCAUUCAAAGCUUUCAUUUACAAACUGUCAUUUACCUUCAUUUGUAUGGCAUUACAUCAUGAGUUAUAUACUGGGUCAGCUCUAAUACCAUAGAUCUUUAAUACUGUGGCUGUAAGGAAGCAUUAUUUGUUGGAAUUACAAAUGCUUAAAUUGCAGUUGGAGAAACAGUAUAAUUGCUGGACAUGUGUUCAGAAAAUUAUUGGUAUGUGUUUGAUCCUGAAUGUCUUCAGGGCGACCAGUGGCAUUAAAUAAGUUAGUGGAUAGAGAGGCUGAGUUUGCCCCUGAAGCUGAUAAUGAGGAUCCAGAGGGGAAUGGGAGAAGACAGGGUUUCUGAGCUUCACUCUGGAGCUGUCUAGAUUUGAACUUGAAUCCCCUAAGCCCUGCCCCAUUCCUGGCUUUGUGGCUACUUGGCUGAGGUUAUUGUUAUUGUCUUAUAUAGAAAGAUUACAGAAACCAUGACAUGGUCUCAGAAAUUCUUGUGAAGUCAACAGUAACUAUGUGACCACUGCUCUGGAUAGACAGUUGGGAAGGGGACUGGGCUCAGGCUAUUAGGGUGGCAAUAACAACAGUUUCUAUGUACAGAGGAAUAGGGCUGAGGUGGGGCUUCUUCACCAGGGUGUAGUGUACAGACUAAACUUAAGCAUUCCAACACCACGUAUAUCAUCCCUCCAUCCUCUCUUGAGUGGCAUUAAUGAUAUUUUCUUGGACUUUCAUCAUCCACUGAUAUUUCAUGUGCAUAUCCUGUUAUAAGUAUUGACGUGCUCUAUGCAUCUCUGUGUCUGUGAAUUACAGAAUGUCUAUGCUGUACCAAGUUAAUUUAAGAGGACGAUUCAGUCUUUUUGCCAACAAAGUUGUGUGUGUGUCAAGAAUAUUUAUUAGUUUUAAAUCUGAGCCAAGAAGACAGAUAAGAUAAGGUGUUCUGUUUAGAAAGCUGGCAGACUAGGAGCUGAGGCCAAGGACUUCAGGAAACAAUGAUACUGAGGCCAGACAUUUUCAAAAUCCCAAAUGAAAGGUGUAGUCUGUGUGGGGAGGGGAAGGUGGGGUAAAUAGCAUUAGGCAGACCUGGCCUGACUUUCUGGUAAUUAGAGUGGCCACACUUAUGUCCUUCCACUAGACUCACACACCCAUGCUGGUCUGGUCUUAAAAAUGUUAUGAGACCAUGGAAAUAUAAGAACUUGAUGCCUUUCACCUGGCUUUGAUAUUCUGACUGAGGCCAAGGCAAAUACUGAGGAAAACAAAGCUUGAAAAAUGUGUCCUCAAGCUUGUGGUCAGGCCUCAGUCCUGUGUCUGCAAGCUAGAUCACCAACAGUAGAUGUUCUUUGUGGUCCACUCACCACAAUGACAAUCACAGGACAAUUUCUAGUUGGUUGAUUAUUGAAUGAUGUGACCAGGUUACAGUUUGUAACUCGUAGACCCAUAGACUCAUUUGGUUUGGCCAUAUUCUAAGCUCUCCCUCACUAAGAGAUGUCCAUUACCAACUCUGAAAAGUAACGGCAGCUUCUAACCUGUUCUUCACCUUUGUUAAAUUCCACAAACUUAACUUCCAGUUACUUUUUAUUGGCUUUCCUCAACUUUUCUUAGGGUGUGUUUGCCAUCUUGUAAGCACCCUUCUAACUGUUGUGUCCCAGUGACUCAAUCAUACCACAGCAACAGCUGCAGAAAUUUCUCAAUAUAGCUGAGGUGUAAAAUGUAUACUCUGUGCCAAAGUAAAGAAUGGUUUUCAAUCUUAAGUUUGGCAGUAUUUAUCUUUUAUAUCUCAGCACAUUUUCCCAGAUUUAUUAUCACCCUGAUAUGAGUACUGUAUAGUUGGAGCGGUGGGCACGUAUUGGCAGACACACCCUGUCCCUUUGUUGUCCCUUCAGUUAUUAACCCUUUGAGGGACACCCACACUUUUAAGGUCGUGCCUAACAGUUGUAUUACAAGCUCUCCCUUAUAGAAAGGUCACUCACUACCAACCCUGAACCCAGUGGCACCUUCUAAAAGGUUCCUUGUCUUUAUUUAAUUCCACAGAGUACUUCACUCUUUGUCUUGGUAUACCUGUGCCAGACUAUUACCAACAGAGGAAAUCAAUAUCAUGCGUGUAGCUAUUAACUUGUGAGUAAAAAUGUUUCAUAGAAAAUUUUGUAGGGAACAGGGUCUGGCAUACUGAUAUUGCAGGAACUGAUCAUAAGGGAAUGGCUUAGGAAGGGGGAGCUUGUACUAUGGGUGCAAGAGUCUGACAUAAGCUCUUGGUAAGUGAAGCAACGUGGUCAAAUUAUUUCAUAAGCUGACCGAUGUAUAAAUGUCUAGCGACUAAAGAGAGUCUGAUGUAAGCUCUUGGUAAGGGAACCAAGCGCAGUAAAAGUAUUUUAUAAGAUGGCCGAUGUAUAAACGUCUAACGAUUAAUAAUUAUUGCCUUAUAUUCUAAGUGUCGUCAUUUGUUAACGUUAAAUAGCUCUUUACAGUCUCGUGCAAUAAUAAGGUUCACCUGCAAGGGAAAUGUUCGCCAGUCCUUAGGCACCAUUCCAAUCACCUGGACACUCCUGGUGGAACACUGAGCGAAUGAAGGAAUAAAAAAAUGUAAGGAUUAAGUGUAACAUGUUAGGGUAAAGUGGUGGAAUACUUAUGAGAGAAAGAGAGUACAAGAAUUAGAGAACUCAACUGUGCAGUAAUAUGUUAGGAAAUGGUGGUGGAAUACUUGAGAAAAAGAGGGAACAGAAGAACGAAAGAACUAGAAUAUGCAAGAGGAUGCCCCCAGUAUAAUGUUAGGAGAAGGGGACAAAGAGGAGAGGGGAUAGAAGAUUGAAAGGACUGGGGUAUGCAUAACGUCAUGUCUACUUAUCUACAGAAAAGCCAUCAAGAGUUUAUACGUAAUAUUUGUUUACCUAAUAUAAAUUUUCCAUAAUAGUUUUUUUAUUUCUGAUGUGAGUUUUAAUUGGAAUGGUGUGUAAGAAUUGGCAAACCUUCCCUAAGGUAGGCUGCUGGCCUGUUCAGAGGGGUGAAUAUCCUCUCCCUUGUUAAGACAUGUGUUCGUACGGAAUAGGACUUCUCUCUCGGUCAUAGGGAGAAAACGGCGCAGUGGUUUGAAAAGAUACACGAAAAUAUACACAAAAAUAAGUA